AUGCCGAACGCCAAACGACUGAGGAGCGGUGGGAAGUCCAAGGCGCAAGCAAAGGCUCCGGCCCCGGCCCGACCGACCAUAGCCGACUUGGAGGGUGACACCGAGUUCGCCCAGCUUGCGAAGCAGCAUUGGUUGAAAACAACGAAGCGAGCCACCAAGGUCAAGGUCAAGAACGACGUGCUGAAGAGCGAAAUAUGGGAUGCGCUGGAGAAAGACGGCUUUCAGUACAAGUCGUUGCUGGUCCUAGAGGGGCUGCAGACUCUUGAGAGUUACCUCUGGCCUGGGUAUACCGAGGAUUCGUCCAAUUACCACGUUCUGCUGAUAGCUCUGAUCGCCAACGUCAAAGCCAGAGAGAGACUCGAGACAUGGAGCAUUUUCGAAGACCGGCCGGCCGAGUUCUCGGACUUUUUCCGUCGCAUCAUGUCCAUGACCCUCGAUCAUACGCUUUCGUUACCCAUACGGACGCAUCUUCUCUCCUUCGUCAUCUAUGCCUUCCAAAGUCUUGAUUGGGCCAGCGUCAGGAAAGAAUGCGCGCCAUUGGUCUCCAUUGCGAUAUGGCAUAACCUAUCUUCCGAGACGACACGCGAAAGCAUGUUGGGGGAGACGCCACAGCUCAGAAAGGCCUGGAAAGCAGCAGGCAAGCGGUACGACUCUGCGGACGAUCCCACAAAAGCGCGUCUACGGUUCGAGAGAGCUUGGCUGUACACGCUGACGCUGGAUUUCCUGCGCCUGCUCUAUGACGCCAAGAGGAAGCAGGACCAGGUACACUACUGCGAGCGCUUCCUCGAAUUCAUAUCCGACUUAUUGAGCCAGCUCCCCACGAGGCGAUAUGUCAACACAUUACUACAAGACCUGCAUGUCCUAUCUGCUCUGCGACUGUCUCCUAUAGUCAAUGAUGAGGACAACGGGUUACUUCGUGAUCAGUGCGCUUUGCUGAGUCACUAUGCGUAUUUCACGAUUGAUGACCAGACCGGGGUGCAACAUAGCAACACAGAGGCAUACGAUCGGCAUUGUGCUAGGCUAGCCAAGCUUCAGCGGGUAGCACUACGACAUUUCAAAGAGAAGCUCACUGUGUUGGCUUUAUCGAACUAUGGAUCGAUAGACAAGCGAAACGAUCUAGAGAACCUCCUUGAUGUUCUUACAGACGAGGAGCUCGUCAGGCUGGCGACGCUUCUGGAUCUUAGGACUGAGUACCCCGAGUCCGUCAAGCUUGUUAUUGAUCGGCCAUUUAUAAUGGAGGUAAUUCUAUCGACCUUCGAGAAGCGAAAGACAUUCCAGGAGGUUGCUCGCGACCUGAGCAUCCUCCCAACGGAGGAUAGUCUCUUCGACCAGAGUCUACUGAGGACAGACACUUACGACGGAUCUCAACCUCUUGCACUACCAAAGCUCAAGCUUCAGUACCUAUCCGUCGGUGACUUCCUCUGGAGAGCGCUAAUUCUCUACCGGUGCGAGUCAUUUUAUGGCAUCAGAAAAGACAUCAGCGAUUCUCUAAGACGUCUACGGCCAGAAACCAGGCGGUCGGGGGAGACUGGAUUCGCCGGCUCCUCCAAGAUGGCUUUACCUAUAUCUCGCCCCUCGAUAUUGGAGGUCGUGCCCGCACUGGUUGGGGAUGAUAAGCCAUCUGCAGUCCGAGCUGAGGUCUCCCUCGAUUUCCGUCGACUUGGUGACCACGUUCGGAGAGAGUGGGAUUCCCUCCGACCAGAUGACGCUGUGUUUCUUGUUGCAAUGGACACUACGAUACCGAAACCCAUAUCCAACGGAGGCAGCAGUGCCAUGUCUGAAGCCCAGAAGCUCGGGUUAGUGUCUGUUCGCACUGCGGAGGUUGUCCAGAUACUAGACGACAAGGGCAAGUCAAUCAGGGACCCUAAUACAUACUUCAAUGGGUCCAAUCGGUCAGAGACUCGGAGAAUCCAGCUCAGACUAGACCCAAAGAUGUACAAGGAGGACAUGGAACGGGCGUCCAAGGGCAAGCCGGACGUGUACGAACGGGUCAACUUGAUCGUCCGGCGAAGUGGAAGAGAAAACAACUUCAAGCCAGUGCUAGAGUCGAUCCGCAGUCUGGCACUCUCAGAGGUUCCCUUGGCAUCAUGGCUGCAUGAGAACUUCUUAGGCUAUGGUGACCCAGCCGGCGCUACCUACAGACAUCUGCCAAACCGAGUCGCCAAGGUCGAUUUCAGGGACACAUUUCUGGAUUGGCAGCACCUGGUUGCAAGCCUUCCUGGUAAGACUAUCGAGCCAGGUUUUGAUGUGUCUGAGAGCUUUGGCCCUCCUUAUGUCUUGGAAUCGGUAGACAAACCUCCGAAGAAACCAGCUACGAAACCCUCAAAGAAACGCAGGAGAGAUGCAGAGCCAGCCCUUCUUGCUGAGGUAGAGACAUACCAAGUUUCCACCUACAAGCCUCCCAACACAGGCCCGUACCCUGUUGAUGCGCCGAAGCUGAACAAUGUGCGCUUCACACCCGCGCAAAUCGAUGCCAUCAUGUCCGGUACGCAACCCGGACUGACGGUUAUCGUGGGCCCUCCUGGGACGGGCAAAACCGACGUUGCCACACAGAUCAUCAACAAUAUAUAUCACAACUUUCCCGAGCAGCGGACGUUGCUCAUCGCUCACUCCAACCAGGCACUGAACCAGCUAUUUGCCAAGAUUGUCGCUCUGGACAUCGAUGAGCGGCAUCUACUUCGGCUUGGUCAUGGCGAAGAGGAACUUGACACCGAAAGUAACUUCAGCAAGCAUGGACGAGUUGAAUCCUUCCUCGAGAUCAGAGAUCGCUAUUUGCUGGAAGUGAACCGUUUGGCGGCGAGUAUGGGUGCCCCUGGUGCCCACGGGAACUCUGCGGAGACUGCGGGCUACUUCAACUCCGUCUAUGUUCAACCAGCCUGGGCGAAAUUUACCGAAGUUGCUAAAGCCGAAGAUUCAUCAGCAGCAGAUAUCAUCCAAGCCUUCCCAUUCCACAAUUUUUUCUCGAAUGCCCCUCAGCCACUCUUCCCCGCCGAGGACGAUCAAGAAUCAGUCCUGGAUGUUACAGAUGGCUGUUAUCGGCAUAUCUCGAAGAUGUUCUCAGAACUCGAGGAUGUACAGCCGUUCGAGAUCCUGAGGCGCGACCGAGACAAGGCGAACUAUCUUCUUACAAACGAAGCUCGCAUUAUUGCCAUGACAUCAACGCACGCUGCUAUGCGGCGUACUGAGAUUGCAUCGCUCGGCUUUCACUAUGAUAAUGUUAUCAUGGAGGAGGCCGCACAAAUCACGGAAGUUGAAAAUUUCAUUCCUCUCGCCAUGCAAAAACCCAAGGAUGGGCAGACAGCAUUACAGAGGGUCGUGCUCUGUGGUGAUCACUACCAAAACUCUCCUGUCAUCCAGAGUCUUGCCUUCCGCCAUUACGCCAACCUCGAACAAUCACUAUUUUCCCGCUUCGUCCGCCUGGGAAUACCGGCUAUCACACUCGACCAACAAGGUCGUGCCCGUCCGUCCAUUGCAGCUCUGUAUCAAUGGAGAUACCCCAACCUUGGGAACUUACCGCAUGUUGAAAGCCGGAAAGAGUUCCAGACCUCCAACGCUGGCUUCAAAUACGACUACCAGUUCAUCAACGUGCCCGACUACAAGGGAAAAGGUGAAGUCGAACCAACGCCUCAUUUCAUUCAAAAUCUGGGUGAAGCUGAAUAUGCCGUUGCUCUCUACCAGUACAUGCGCCUGCUGGGAUAUCCAGCCUCGAAGAUCAGUAUCCUAACGACCUACGCCGGCCAGCGAGCUCUUGUAAAAGACGUACUAGCCCAUCGAUGUGGGAAGAAUGCCAUAUUUGGGUUGCCCAAGAUCGUUACGACGGUCGACAAGUACCAGGGCGAACAAAAUGACUAUAUCAUUCUUUCACUUACACGCACAUCAAGGGUUGGUUACCUUCGAGAUGUGCGACGUUUGACGGUUGCACUUUCGCGUGCCCGGCUUGGCCUGUACAUUCUCGGACGAAGAGAGAUCUUCGAAGCGUGCUACGAGCUCCGUCCCGCAUUUGAUAUCUUGCUUCAGCGACCAGACAAGCUGAUGCUUGCGACGGGAGAGAUGUGGCCCUCGGAGCGGAUCCAAGCAGAGGAGGAUGGGGCCACGUUACCUGGUGAGGCGGUGAUGGAGGGAGUCGAACAUCUUGGGCAGUUUGUCUACGAGAUGACCACGGCGAAGGUCAAGCAGUUGCGUGUGGAGCGCGGCUUGCCCGAAGAGCCAGAACAGGCACUGAAGCCCAUCGCGGAAGAAGAGGGGGUCCCCUAUGUCGGCGCUCCGAGUGACGAAGACGGCGAAGAGGACAUAGAUGUGGCGGGUGAAGGAUUCGAGGCUGAGGAAGAGUGA